UCAGUCUCCAUUUGAAUUACUCAUCAAAACGUAUCCAAAUUUUUUGUAGUGUAGCACAAAGGAAGGCGGUGCUAGGCGCUUCUCAAAUAGGCUUCGAGAUCAGGAUUUUUGAAUCAAGCUAUCUGAGUCCGAGAUUAUCCACGCACACUCACCCAACUGCCACCCAAACCACCCACCACACCCGCAGACACACACAGACACAAGACAAGGACAUUUUUUGAUAAAAAGACAAAAAUGCCACGGCGUCGACGUCCACGUUGCAAGGUGAAUCCCUCGAUAGCGCUGAGAAAGAAGAACCAGGACACCGCACCCACUGCCCAAAAGGUGGAGCCCCAACGUCCACCGCCCUUACCGGAUCCGCCCAGCGAAGAGCCGCCGGAAAUCGUCAGCACUUCGAGCGUAGAAUCUGAAAUCGAAUCGGAUUACAAACUCUUCCCGGAACUCUACGAUCGCCAGCCGUCGGUGCCCACGUUUGCUGAUGUUUUUGGUCAGCCCUCUUACGGAUUGGUGCUGCAGGGACCCGAGGUGGCAUCCACCUCCUCCACCACCACAAAUGCGGCGGGUAUCCAUAGCACAGGGGAUGGGAAAUUCACCAAUAUUCCAGCCACAAUGCUGGCCGAUCGUUUUGGGAUCAUCGGACUGCUGGCCGCCAUGAGGACUACGCACACGGAUCCGGGCGCCACGCAGCUGGUCUUUGGCGAGGAUCUGACCACCUACGGACUGGAUCUGGCCGCCCAGGGAGACAUUUAUGUGCAUUUCAAUGGGCCUCUGACCCGCGAACCGCCGGACAGGAGCUCCAUGGACUGCGCCCUCGAGAUGGGGAUGCGUGCCAUGCGUGAUUCGAUAAUCAAUGAACCACCAAAGGCUCCCUGUUGGGAUCCAUUCGAGCCAGAGUCGCGAAAUCUGGGACUGGUGCUCAGCCUUGAACCGGAGGAGAUAAAGAAAUCCGAUCCAGAUACGGAUACGGAUCCACCGCCAGCAACUGAUCAGACUGAAGAUCCGGAAACGGAUCGCGAAGAUAAUCAGGAUAGAUAACACAUUUGGAAUCGGCGCCAAGGAUAAAAUGAAAGACUAGCCCCAGAUAGAAUAGCGAUUUGGCAGUUGGUUAGGUCUUUGAAUACUUGGUAAAAUUGUUGAUCUUCGUGAAUUGGUAGCCCUUCUAUAACAGAACUUGUUUGGCUUUAAAUAUAGAAUUGGCUUAGGAGUGAAAA